AUGUCACCACCACCAGCCCCCACCCGCCGCCUAGCCUCCCUCCUCCUGCUCUUCCUGGGCGCACUCCCAGCCAUCCUCGCCACCCCAUCCAUUCCCGCCCAGCAAGUCCUCGGCAGCAAUGAUCCCACCCUCGCGCCGCUGAUCUCCCACCCGUCCGCGGAGGCCAUUGACGGAAAGUACAUUGUGGUUGUCAGGGAGGGGAUGUGGGGGGUGCAUAUGGAGCGACUCGCGACCGUGACAGCGCAAGCCCUCACAUCCGCGACCGCGGUGCGCAUCACACCCUUCACCAUCCCGGGAUUGACCGGCUACAGUAUCACCUGCGACGAGGCGACUGUGGAUGAGUUGAGAAGGAGGGAGGAGGUGGAGUUUGUGGAGAGGGAUCAGGUUGUGCGGGUUAAGGCUGUGGAGGAGGCGGUUCAGGUUGACGCGCCUUGGGGAUUGGCGAGGAUCUCGCAUAGAGAGUUGCCGAAGGAUAAUGAGACGUCCGUGUAUGAGUAUUACGCGAAUGACGGGAAGGGCGUUACGGUGUAUGUUGUCGACACGGGGAUUAAUAUCAAGCAUGAAGAAUUCGAGGGCCGAGCGAAGUGGGGAGCGACCAUCCCCGACGGUGAUGAGGAUGUGGAUGGGAAUGGGCAUGGCACCCACGUCGCCGGCACGAUUGCCAGCCGCAAAUACGGCGUCGCCAAGAAAGCCACCGUCGUCGGCGUCAAAGUCCUGCGCUCCAGCGGCUCGGGCACCAUGUCUGACGUUGUACGGGGCAUCGAGUGGGUCAUCAAGGAUCACCAGAAGAAGAGCAAGAUUGCCGAGAGUGAGGACACGAAGGGUCGGAAGAAGAAGAUUGUGAGGUCGUUGGGGAACAUGAGCUUGGGUGGCGGGUUGUCGAGGGCGCUUAACCAGGCUGUUGAUGCGGCCUCAACAGCCGGCGUCCUCUUCGCCGUCGCGGCCGGCAACGACAACCAAGAUGCCUGCCACUACUCCCCCGCCUCCUCCCAAAAAGCCCUCACAGUCGGCGCCACAACCUCUUUCGACACCAUGGCCUGGUUCUCCAACUGGGGCGAAUGCACCGACGUCUUUGCGCCCGGCCACUUGAUUCUCUCCACCUGGAUCGGCUCCAGCACGGCUGUCAAUACCAUCUCCGGGACCUCCAUGGCCGCGCCGCAUGUAGCCGGGAUUUUGGCUGCGUUUUAUUCGAGGAAGGAGUAUGAAAAGGCGACCGCUGAGGAGCUGAAAAAAGCCGUGGUGGAGAAGGCGUCGAGGAAGCUGAUUAAGGGAUUGCCCCCAAAGACGGGGACGAAGAAUCGGUUGGCGUUUUCGGCUCCGCCUGAGUGAGGUUGGAGUAUACACCUACGCGUAUGUUUUGAAUAGUGCUUUUGGAUUGGGGGCGGGUGAGGUUGGCUGUCUACUCCUAUGCCGAGUGAGAUUUUUGUUUUCGUUCUUCUAUCUGUUCUUGUAUAUAUACCUAGUGGGCCUUUUGAGUCUACGAGAACCUGUACCAUCUGCUUGCCGACGUGCUCAUCUUGGAGAUGCUCCUCAUCUUGGCCCGUCGCGUCUUUGUCGCCUGUGACUUUCCGGCAUUGAAGCGAACUGGCCAGACGGCCGUCGACGACGACUCGUGGAGUGAUUGUUCCGUUCCAGUGCCACUCCAGUCUCGUUCUCGCGCACUCCUCCCAACCUCCGGGUCUUGUCUGUUGCGUGAAGGGAAUUAACUUUUUCUCCGCGCUCCUUUCA